AGCGCAGCCUGACCGGUCCAAACUGAGCCGAGCCAUGGAGGAGUCCCGCCGAGGCUAACGUGAGGAUUUAUUUGAUUUGUGAUGUGGAAUCUGUUCCUGAACCGGCGGACUGGAUUUAGGUGGGUGGGCGGGUUUGUGCGCUGGAUUCAGGAGGCGGAGCGGCCUGGAGGGUCGGACGUCCUUCUGCAAGUGUCCUGCUCUCUCCGUCUCUCUCUCUCUCUCUCCCUCAGAGAAAACAACACAGGACUAAACAAGUUGGCCAACUGUGGUGUGGGCACUUUACUCAACAGUUCGUCUCAUUUCAAAAUCCUUUAAACAAACGCUUGAAGUCUGCGAUAAGUGAACAAGAGAGGAAAAACGACGCUGGUAAAUCCUCGCAGUCUUGACGGACUUUAUUCACCUUUUACCUUCAUUUUCUCAAGAGGUGGGCCACCUGAUCCAGGGAGAGGGAUUUAUUUUCCUUCUGUAUUCCUGAUGGAGUCAUACAGAGUGACCGACAUUCCUAACAGUGGACCACAGCGGGUCUACACUCAGCCGUCCCGCCCCUCCAGGCCCCACAGUAAUGGAGCUGGUACAUAUGGUCUCAGCAUCCGCGUCCAGGGUAUAGAUGGACACCCCUACGUAGUUCUGAACAAUCAAGACAGGGGUCCUCAGUCCUAUAUCGACCCUAACAGUAAUGGGUACAUUGACACAGAGGGCUCUUUUAUUGAGAACUACCAGGAGUAUGAUUUCAGAGGGGGCAAGGAGGCUGGAUCCAACAGCCCCUUCAUGGAGUACAGGUCUCAGAAGAUGAUGCAUUACUCUGGUCCUCAAAAUGGUGUCACAGAUUCACAAGGAAAGAAACCAUCCACCCUUCUGAACUUUCAGAAGCACCCUGAGUUACUGCAGCCGUAUGAUCCAGAGACAAACUCCCUCAAUCUUGAAGGUUUCCACAGCCUGCCUUCAAGGCCUCUGCCUGUCGCUGAGACUGAGAACCAACACCAGAGUCCCUCCUCCAAUUCUGCUGCACCUGCAUCGUCCCAUCCCAGAUCAUCAAGCCUGGAUCAGAAUAAAACUCCUGCGCAUCAAGAGAAGAGGCAACUUCCAUCCCAGAGCCUUAGCGAGACAGCCCUUCCUAAGCUGAAGUCACAGCCUCAGUCCGUGACUCCUCAGUCAAUGUCACAGCCUCAGUCCAUGCCUCCAGCCAAGCUCACUCAGCCUCCGACCAGGCCACAAUCCCAAAUAGCUCAGCCACAGUCCAGACCUCGCCUCACCAACCUGAAUCCACCUCAGUCCAAGCCAUCCUCCAAAACUCAGCACCAGUCAGUGCCUCCAGCCCAGCCUCAGCCCUCUGCUGUGUCAAGUCCCACGAGUGAGCAGACCAAGACCUUCUUUAGAUCCCCCAGCUCUAUGAGCAGUGCCAACUCCAGCCUUGAGCGCACCCGCCGUGAGCCUGAUGUCCUUCCUCUACGCAGGACUGACUCAAGUGGGCCAGUUCUUCAGUCUUCUUCCCGCUCCCGCCACUCCUCGUCAUCCUCUACCUCUAAGGCUCUGGUGGAUGAACAGAUGGAGGCCCUGUACGCAGACUCCAUCAACCGCCACGAGAACCGCCGCUACAUCCCUUUCCUCCCUGGUUCAGGCAGAGACAUUGACACAGGUUCCAUUCCUGGCGUUGAUGAGCUCAUUGAGAAGUUUGACGGCAAAGAUGGCAGCCACCAGCGCAGGGGCAGGGCAGGGCGCAGGAACAGGAUCAAUCCAGAGGACCGAAAACGCUCACGCAGCGUGGAUAGUGCCCUUGGCAUGCGAGAUGGUUCUAGCUAUGUGGAUGAGUUUAGCCGCCAUCGAGGCACAUCAAUGGAGCAUGUCCUGCGGCCCUCACAGCUACGGAUGCAGAAAACAGCUGGAUGUCAAGACUCCUGGCUCAUGACUCUAGAUGGUAGGGUUGACUCCAGCGCUUCAUCUCACGUCGCCAGUGCACCCGGCUCCCCCCAGAGCACCAUCUCUAAAGGUGUCGGCUCCAUCCAGGGGUACAAAAAGCCACAGACUUGCUCCUCUGCGUUGCCAUUCAAGAGUAAAGAGAGUGAGGACAGUGGCUCUUCAGCUGUUAAAAUUUCGACAGCGUCGGUGUCAACAUUGCUAUCGAAGCCUUCUUCCACUACAGAAAAAAAGCACAGUACAGACGCCGAUGUUCAGGCGACACCUGAUCUCCUGAAAGGUCAGCAGGAGCUUUCACAACAAACACAUGAGGAGACAGCAAAACAAAUUUUGUUCAAUUACCUUAAAGACGGAAGCAACGAUAAUGAUGAAACAACAAAGAGAAAGGUCAACCUUGUCUUUGAGAAAAUACAAACGUUGAAGUCCCGGGCUACGGCGAGUACACAAGGCGACAACAAAUCCCUAGACCUCACAGCACAGACCAAAGCUCUGCAGGAGCAAAAUGCUGAACUGGAGAAAGAAACGGCCAAACUGAAGAGACAACUUGAGGAACAAACCACGAAUAAUCAGGCUGACAAAAGGACAGCAGCAGGUGUGAAGGAGCUGCAGCAGGAGCUGGAGCGGAGUGCAGAGGAGUGCAAGCGUCUGAAGGAAAAACUGGCCAAAACAGAGGCCGAGCUCCAGACCACAGUCGAAGAGCUGUUCCAGGUGAAGAUGGAGAGGGAGCAGUACCAGACGGAGAUCAGAGACCUGCAGGACCAGCUGUCAGAGAUGCAUGACGAGCUUGAUUCGGCCAAGAAGUUAGCUGCUGAUGGGGAGAAAGACAUUAUUAUAGCGGACAUGUUGCAAUUGAAGGUGGAGAUGCAGGAAAUUCUCCUGGCCAAGGAGGACCAGGAGGAGAUGCUGAGGAGGCGAGAGAGGGAGCUGACAGCUCUGAAAGGAGCUCUGAAGGAGGAAGUGGCCGCUCAUGAUCAGGAAGUGGACAAGAUGAGGGAGCAGUAUGAGAAGGAAUUAAGCAGGCUGCAAACGUCUUUGGAGGAGGCCAAGCAGAGCAGCGCAGCAGUAGUCCGUGAGAAGGAUGAAGUGGAGGCAGCCAAGGGUGCAGUGGAGGGCCAAGCAGGACGGCUGACUCAAGAGGCUGAGCGGCUGCGCAGGCGGGCACAGGAGCUGGAAAAUGAGGUGGCCAAACUCAACCGUAUCAUCGAUGAGGCCAAACUACAGGAGAGCAGGCUGGGGGACCGAGCUGGCCGACUGGAGAGAGAGAAAAAGCAAUUGGAAGAGUCUUUGGCGGAAAUUAAGGAGCAAGAAGAGGAGAUGUCACGUGCCAACCGAGCGUUGACCAUGAGGCUGGAGGAUGUUCAGAGGAACUUGACAAAACUGAGCAGUGAGCACAAGGAGUUGGAGGGGCGGUUACAAGAAGAGAGGACUCAGAAGGAGCAGUUCAAGAACAUGAAGAACAACAUAGAGGAUGAGAGGAGGCUACUGGACCGUACAGUGGAGAAACUUCAGAGGGAGAUGAAUGACAUUGUGGAGGCGUCCCAGUCGUCCACUCGGGAGCUGCAGGAGCAGAUUGAUAUUUAUAAAGAGAAGAACCGCAGGGAGCUGACGGAGCUGCAGAGGCUUCUGAAGGAGCGAGGACAGGAGCUGGACAAGUACCUGCUGGCUACCAAAACCCUGCAGGACGAGUUGUCACACCGGGAAGAGGACCUGCGGCAGUGUCAGAGGGAACGAGACGAGGCUGAGCUCCGGGAGAAGACACUGGAGAAAAAGGUUCAUGAUCUGGAGGUGGAGGCUGAGAAAAACAUCCACACAAAAGAUGACAAGUCCCGACACAUCAAACUCUUGGAGGACAGGAUUGCUCAGCUAGAGUUGAACCUGGAUGAAGAGCGUCAGAGUGGAGACCAGCUGAUGGACAGGAUAGACCGAGGAAGAGAGCAGGUGGAGCAGAUGAGGAAUGAACUCCUGCAGGAGAGGGCUAGCAGACAGGACCUGGAGUGUGACAAGAUGGCUCUGGAGAGACAGAAUAAAGACCUGAAGAGCAGAGUGGCUCAUAUAGAAGGCUCCCAGAAGUCCAACAAAGAGGGCCUGGUAGCCCAGCUGGAGGAUCGCAUACAGGAGCUGGAGGAGAGGCUGGAGGGGGAGGAAAGGGAGCGUGCCAACCUGCAGCUGGUGAACCGCCGACUAGAAAGGAAAGUUAAAGAGAUGAUGAUGCAAGUUGAAGAAGAACAUCACUCAAUGCAAGAUCAAAAGGACCAAUUAAAUCUGCGUCUAAAAGCCCUGAAGAGGCAGAUGGAUGAGGCUGAAGAGGAGAUCGACCGACUGGAGCACAGCAAGAAGAAGCUGCAGAGAGACCUGGAUGAGCAACAGGAGGCCAACGAGCAGCUCCAGAGCCAGCUCAAAGCUCUGCGAAGUGAGAUCAGGCGUAAGAGCUCCUCUGCCCCGCUGCUCAACAGUCUGGACGACGAUGAUGAGGACGACGACAUCAGCACCGAUGGGGAGAUGUACUUCAGCUCAUCAUCAGGGUACAAGCGCUCCUCGAGUCAGGACAACAUCUUGUCUAACUUCGCUUUGUAAACAAGCUCUGAGGUUGAACAUAAAGCUUCUUUAUAUGCAUCACUGUUGAACAAAACGGCUGGAGAAAAACUGCAGGUAUUACAGUAAAACAUCUGCGUGAUUAUUCCGAGACUUUUCCAGCUAGGUGAGAUCAUGUGAAAUAUUGCUCUUGUGAAAGUCCACACUUCAACAGAGUUCACUUAAUUCUCCUGGAUAUUCAAUCUGGGUACACUCUCGAUGUCCAUAAAUCCACUCAGUAUUAUUUGAGCAGCUCUGAGAUUAAUGGAUGAAAUCAUAAAAGCUUUGUCCUGUAGAAAUUAAAUGUACAUACUCUUUAAUUUGGUAAUUUGACAUUCCCACACGAAGUCUUACCUGUCCAAGAUUGUCAUUCUAUUCUGAGUGGAUUUUCAUUUGAUAACAAAUGGAUUACACAUGCUUGUCAAUGAUUAUUCUAGCAUUAGUAAACUUGAAAACGCUAUCUUUAAUGCACUGUAAAACUACACAAUCAGUACUGCCUUUGGGAACACUAUGAAGUUAUUAACACAUACUUUUUUUAUGCCUAUCAAAUGUUAAAUUGACAUACAGUAUCGAAUAUAAAUUUUUGUAAUAAAAUAUAUUUACCUUAUUUUUUUUUUUUUUUAAAUGAAUGAAGAUCAAACCCAAAAAAUUUAAAGUGAGGAAUGCCAGGAUGUUUUUUUAUUUAUUCACGGUUGAAUAUACAAAAUCCUGGCUCAGUGAGGUUUUUAGGGAAAAAUAAAUGAGGGACUUUGUACACAUCCAUUUUUAUACAGUUUUACUGAUGACCAAUAAUACUGUAAAUCCAUUGAGUCGUUAUCAACAGACAUUUUCUGUAAUGUACCAUAAGGGUUAGUCCUAAUAUUAGUGAUAUCAAAGUAUUUCUUACACAUUUACUGCAAAAGGCUGCUUCGUGCAAUCAUGUGGCAACGUCUAAAUUAACUUUUUGUGAUCACUGAUUCUGAAUCGGAUUUUAAUAGUUACAGCACUGAACAAAGCUGCAAACAUCAAAACCAUUUCAUCUCUGAAGACAUUAUUAUACUGGAAACACUGUGAUGUAACUUCUGUCUGUGGUGAUUUCUGUCCUGAAUGGGGGCAGUGUUAAUACCGAACAUGGUGUAAGUCUUUUUGUUUAACCUCAAAUGUGUAUUUUCAUUGUGCCACUGUGCACAUAAGGGCUUAAAGGUCCUGCAAAAGAACAGAUGUGGACCUCCUCAAAUUUUCCUUUAACUGAAUGAGGGAAUUUCUUCUCUCUUCAACUAAACUGACAAUCGAUGUUUUGCUGAACUGUGAUUAUUUGCACUCUCUGUUGGCUCUGUGCUGAAUAUGCCGAAGUCUGACACUUGUGGAGGGGGAGAGUGGAUUGAGACAAAUUCCUGCCACUACCUCUCUGUACACAUUUGUAUGUUCAUGAAUCCUGCUGAUACUAAAAUAAAGUUACU